GGGAUCGAAACAAAGCAAAGCAGCGCAUUCGGUGGCGAGCCAGCCAGGCGAAACAUCGCAGGAAACAUUUACUUAUCUCUCUCUGUGUGUGACUCGGACUACAUCGUCAGCUGCAACCAUGACUUUCACGGAGGUGUUCACAUCCAGCACCCGCAUCUGCGACGCUUCUAAGACAAUCGGCCAAGGCCUGGAAGAGUGUCUGCUGCGAGCGCUCAACUCCGGACGGGUCACGGUCGGGGUCAAGGAAUGCGCCAAGCUAUUGAGCUGCGCAUCAGAUCAGGUGAUGUUGUGUCUGAUGCCCGAUAUGGCGUCAGCAUCAGAUGUGAGCGUUCACAUCCAGCAAACACUUAUUCGCUCUUUCUGCUGGGAGAACGGGAUCCGACUUCUGACUGUCAAAAACUGCCCCAAGCUGCGAGAGCUGCUGAGCGGUGGUAGCGCCCCCUGUUGGGUAGAGGGCGAAGCCAUUACCUGCCUGCUGAUUGAGAAGCCCAAAGGCGAUCUGUCAGCAGAGGAUGCUUACGUGUGCCACUACCACGAUGCUGUCUUCUCUAGCGACAUCUACCCGAAACCCAUCAUCCAACUACCAGUCUGACCUCGGUGACAGGUCUUCAUCAUUCCGCACAGACUUCAGGAUGACCCCCUUCAUCUUGACAGAGAUCACAGCACUGCCGCCCCCUAGCGGUGACUCGCAUCUCGGGACUUCCGGCCGCGUGUUGCGAGGGCUGGAGACGAGACCCUGGACUUUAAAACCUGCAGCAGCACUUCAGUGCCUGCACUUCACAGCCACCCUGAGGCUUCCAAGUCCUGUUUAUCGACUAGUACAUUACACAACAACAGCGAUAAUCACACGAUGAUGAGCUGGGUGAUGGUCCUCACGAUAAUAAAAUAAUUGCUUGCACAGCAGGAGACCAUAACAGGAUUCGGAAAUACCUGAGUUUCUCCCUCGUGAAGCACUCGACAUCAACAUCCUGGUUAGCUCGGGUGGCGAAUCAAAGGCACCCCUUGUGCGCAUGAGCAGAGACAGGCAAAAGAUUAUUUGCACAGAAGAAUGUUAUUCUGCGAAAACAGUGCACUUGCGGUCAAAUUAUAAAAACAAGUUUCUUUAACACCAAACUGAUUAUGUCCUUUAGAGUGUACUCCAGAAAACGAUUUUGCUUUUUGAAAACUUUUUAUUCACAAAGUCAUAUGCCAUAACAGCAGUGCUGUUAGUUGGAAAUGUCAAUUCUGUUUUUUUUUUUUUUAAUUAGAACUAUUUCAAGGAAAUGUGUUUGAAACUUUUCCGCGAAGUCAUGUUGAAGUCUAGAGUCCAUGAACUACUUUUGUCAUUGACAUGAGAAAUACAGUUUAGCUCACUUACUCAUUGCCCCUGGUACUGUCCACAGAGCAUCUUGUCUAAUGUAUCUCAUUUAGUACACUUCAUUAUGUCACAAGGAUUGGUCUUUAAUGCAAAGUUUCUAUUUUGAAUGAUCCGUGAAAAAGUCAUGUUUGAUGCAAAAUAAACGUAUUAUCAAAUCA